GAGUGUGUUGCAUUCAGCAUCUCUUAUUGUGUCUAGAUUUCGUGAGUGUGGAACGGUUCUUGAAGUGUGCAGUGGGGGUGGGGCUUUGCCUCUGUUCUACUGCAAAUUUCUAGAGUUUUCAGUGAUAUCUCAAGCUUUGAGAAGUAUAAAUCCUCCCCUGACGGGAUUUCGCUUUCUUUGCUGAUUUUGGAGCUUUCUCUUGGAGGAGCUCAUUAUAUUGUCCCAAUUUUUCCUCCAACUCAAGGACAAGUAUCACAUCUCCCUCUGCAAGUUUAUUAUUGCAGCAAUGUCAACAGCAACCGACAUGAUCGUCCCUACGGCCGGUGGAGCCCUGGCAGCCCAAUCCAGCGGCCACGCCGGCACAGGCGCUGUAACGCACACGCACCAAACAGACCAUGAACUCGAACGCAUCUUGACACUCAUGAAGGUGGAAGACCAAGCCCUGGCUCUCGCUCUCGAAAAAGAGCGCGCAAGCAUGGAAUCCACCAUGGAACGGAUUCACCGUUUAAACAAUUUCCGGAUUGACGAAGCUCACAUUCGGGAGUCGAAUAUUGCUGAGAGUCGGUUCUUGGUUGAUGCGCAAGAUGCUGAGCGUAAGGCACUAACUGUUCGUGAGGCUGAGGAAGCUGCAUCGUUGAAAGAAGAAGAGGAGGACAAGCGCAUGUUGGAGAUGCUGUUGAGGGAGUUGAGGACACUUAAAUUGGGUGUGAGGCAAAAAGCAGAAGCUUCUGAAAAAGUGAUGGCGGUUAAGAAACGAUUAGCUGAGAGGCGGACCGCGAAUCAGUUGAGGCUGGUAGGAGUAGAGGUCAGACAGGAGAGAGAGAGAAAGGCGUUGCAAGAUAGCCAUGUCAGGAUUAUCAAGAACAUGAACAUGUUCCGCACUCUCCUCUUACAAGAUAUUGAAGACGCAGCUCUCGACAACCUCAUCGCAAACGGCAGUAUGUCAGAUGAUGGAACAGUUUCCCAAAAAGGAACUGACAGAGCUGACGCCGACAAGCUGCACCAAACCAAAAUGCUCCAACUCAAGCUCCGGAUGCAGAAAGAAGUUGAACAACUCCGAGAAGAGCACCUCAUGAAACUUAAGCACAUGAUGAAAGUGUGUGAACUCGAAUUGGAACAAACGGAAGAAAUUGAAACCUUGAUGGCCGAGCAAAAAAUUCAGGAAAUGGAAGUCGAGACGGAACAAAGAAAGGAAAUUGAGAAUGAAGAGGACCAAAUUGCUCAACAGCGAGCGAGUUUAAAGGCGUUUCACACGCAGCGAGCGCUUCAAGCCAAAGCAUCCCGGACGCUCGCUCAUCAACGGUACGAAGCAAGACAAUUGGCCCGUCAACAAAAAAUUGCUGCCAAACAACGCGAGCGGCAGUUUUUCGCAUCCGAGGAGGCUCUCCGCGAAAGCAUGCGAGCAAUGUCUCAAGAGGAACAGGAAGAAGACGAAGCGAGCUCCCAAGUCUCUGGUCAUAUUAAAUCAAGCAAACCCGGCUCAGCCCGUCAUUCUGUCGCAGGAUUAUCCGAAAUCAGUUCAACAGACCAGAGCGAAAUAUCUGACAUUACAACUGACUCGCACGCCGAUACGGCCAUUGGUGACGACGCAGAAGCAUCCGAAAGCGCCCAAGCGGUCGAAAGCGUCGAACUUGAAGAACAAAUUCGCAAAGAACGCUCUAGGAUUGAGGAACUGACUAAACGACACUAUGCAGCCAUGGAGGCUCUCCGCAUCCAACAGCGCGAACUUCGCGAAAUCACCAAACGAGAGCAUGCUACUCAAAUGAACCGCCUCCUGGGCGAACAAGAAGAUGAAUACAAACAACUCAAAAUUCAACACCACCAUGAAACAGAAGCAUUAUUGAGCACCCAAAGCGCUGCAAAUGCCCUCGAAGAAGACAAUAAAGGCGCUAAUGAAUUGCUGUAUGGAAUGCUCCCCCGUUACGUGGCGGAUGCAAUGAAGAUGGGCCACGAGAUCCCACCCAAAGAUUUCGAAACAGUAACGAUUCUCUAUAGCGAUAUCGUCCAAUUCACAAACCUAACCGCGAAAUCGUCGCCAAACCAAAUCGUCAACCUCCUCAACAGAUUGUAUACGGCUUUUGAUUCCGCGUUGGAUGACUAUGCGGAUUUAUAUAAAACAGAGACCAUUGGGGAUGCAUACCAGAUCGUUGCGGGGUUGAAUCAAGAAUCAGAACAAGGAGGACGUGAAGCCGUUAUUCGACGAAAUGCAAUGGAUACCAUUGACUGUGCGCUCAGAUUCUUGACAGAAAUCCGGAACCUCGACAUGACGGACCAAGUCAUGCGUGAUUUGCAUAUCCGCAUUGGAAUCCAUUCUGGGCCGUGUGUGGGCGGUGUUGCUGGAGUGACGAUGCCAAAGUUUGCGAUUUUUGGGGAUACGGUGAAUAUCGCGAAUCAGAUGGAACAAAAGUCGAAGCCGAAUCGUAUUCAUAUCAGUCAGGCUACUUACGACUUGGUAAAGGACGCGCCGUUUGUGUUUGAAAAAGUGGAGGGUGCAGUUGUGUUGGAAGGUGGAGUUACUUGCCAGACGUAUUGGGUGACGGGACGCAAGGAUAGUGCUGCAAAAGUGGCUACUGCGGGUGGAAAAAAGAAGGCGAGGGUGGUGCUUCAGUAAGAAAACUUCCCAUACAAACUUUGUUGGGGAUAAAGGAUCGUGGGAACUCUAUCGAAAUUUACACAUCUUCAGUCUUCUGGUGUUGCUUAAAACGUUCAAAGUGAGUCAAGGUGCAAUACCUUGGCAUCAUGCCCAAAGUUCACAUAAAACAAACAAAAAUGUUAUUCUCCAAAAGCCCAUCUCAUGUAUUAAAAAGUCCGAUAAUACAGUCCCGCUCAUCAACAACAA